AUGUCUUCAUUCUUCUUCUCCACACCAGUCGACAUAGACAUAGUCCUGGAAGACACCGAUGAAAGACAGACCGUCGAUGUCAAGCUCGACAAGAAUAGGAGGGAGAAGGCUCCUUUGUAUAUGGAUGGCGAGUCCGUCAAGGGUGCGGUUACCAUCCGGCCGAAAGAUGGCAGACGAUUAGAGCACACUGGUAUCAAGGUCCAAUUCAUUGGUCUGAUCGAGAUGUUCUUUGACCGAGGCAACCACUACGAGUUCCUCUCCCUUGGUCAGGAGCUAGCUGCACCGGGCGAAUUACAACAUCCUCAGAACUUCCCUUUCAAUUUCAAGAACGUGGAGAAGCAGUACGAAUCCUACAACGGGAUCAACGUAAAACUACGAUACUUUGUUCGCGUAACCGUGUCGAGGAGAAUGGCAGAUGUAAUAAGAGAAAAGGAUAUCUGGGUUUACUCUUAUCGCAUACCUCCAGAAACCAACAGCUCGAUUAAGAUGGAUGUGGGCAUUGAGGAUUGUCUACAUAUUGAGUUUGAGUAUUCCAAGAGCAAAUACCAUCUGAAGGACGUGAUUGUAGGCAGGAUAUACUUUCUACUUGUCCGGCUCAAGAUCAAGCACAUGGAGUUAUCAAUCAUCCGACGAGAGACGACGGGCGUGGCGCCAAAUCAAUACAACGAAAGCGAGACCUUGGUGCGCUUUGAGAUAAUGGACGGCUCGCCUUCUAGAGGAGAGACGAUACCGAUUCGAUUGUUCCUCGGCGGCUUUGACCUGACACCAACUUUCCGCGAGGUCAACAAGAAAUACUCCACCAGAUACUACCUGAGUCUAGUGUUGAUAGAUGAAGAUGCUCGUCGCUACUUCAAGCAAUCAGAGAUCGUGCUCUAUCGACAAGCCCCCGAGGAGGCCCGUGCCCUCGCAAUAGCCCCACCGAGCAUCGGUGGGAGCUUGCCAACGCAGACACCGCUGGUGCCUGCCUAA